AUGGCUAUGAGUCAAGGCAAAGGGUAUGGAACGGAGGAUGGACUUGAUGGCAAGAGCAUGGGAGACACAGGGCAAAUCUACAGUGAAGCUCCCAGGCCAGGCUGCCAACAGGUGUUGGAGGAUGACACAUGCAUGCGUUGGAUUUUCUUUAGUUCUAUCGAUGGACUUGAUGGCAAGAGCAUGGGAGAUAUAGGGCAAAUCUACAUGGAGGACUAUGACAAGAAGACUGGGCAAGGAGAAGAACUCGGAGAAUCUUGCUGGCACGCAGGCAAGAUAUGGCCAAUAUCUCCAGGAUCUCUGCAGGACAAUGUGGGUAUGGCAGGCAUGGAUGGCACAGUCAAGACCAGCAUGCGAUCCGAUGUUUUCGGCCUACUACCACUACACCUCGGCAAAUCUUCUCCGGUCGAGGCCUACACGGACUAUGGAUGUUUGGAGACAUAG